UUAUCGGUGAAAUGUGUUGCCCCCGAAUGAUAGCCUGCAUUCUGUACUUGUCGUCGGCGUUCAACAUGCUGACGGCAUUCGUCCUGUUGCUGCUGUGUGUCCUGGCAGAUAGAUCUAAGCCGGGAGGCAAGCUGAAUGCCAUUCUCUUCGUCAUAUGGAUGUUCAUCCAUAUUCCCCUCAUUUUGGGCGUCUUCAAGCGCAAAAGGGCUCUGAUGUGGGCUUACAUAAUCGCCUGGCCGCUGUUCUUCUCGUGUCUGACCAUCCUUUUGCUGCUGAUCUGCUGCUCGGUGAUCGUUUGGUACGAUUUCCUGCGCUUUUGUUGGCCCCUCUGGUUCUUUGUCGUGUGGUUCGUGACUGCCAUCCCCUCUUGGAUCUUGGCCAUUUCAUACCUGAGCAAUGGCCAUGAUAUUUCAACCGAGGUAUCAUCCACAAACUCGGCGCAAUCGUAGAAAUAAAGCAUAAAAGCAUAAAGGGCAGAAUGGGCAGGACGAGGCCAGACCACUUUCAACUGUUGCACGAGGCGCGAGAAGAAAAGGCAUAAAUUUUGAUGACAACAAAAAAAGUACACUGAAAUUUUCCACUAAAUUAU